GUUGUACAGAUACAACCAACUUCUCGAAGUUCGGGGUGCUAGCUGACAUGUUACUGGUAAAAGAAUCAUACUUCAUCAAGUCCUCAAACAGCACAUGGCGGAGGCACAAGACCCCAAUAUGAAUAUUUCCAACUUGGCCAAUGACGGCACUAGCAGUGACCCGCCGACAGCUUCCGGUGUUAAACACCCACCUCUCAAAGCUGUAAAUGGGCGGCUCAUGAUGUACGGGUACUGCGUCAAUAUGUCUUGGAUAUGCGAUUAUGCCAGGGAACACGAUUGGCUGACCCCAUCUGGGAGAGCGGAUGAUAUGAAAGCCUUAAUCGACCUUGGGAGAAAAGUGGGCAGAUGGGACCAUAUCAUGGUACCAAAGGUAUUUGUAUACCGGAAACGGACAACGAACGGGCAACCGAGGUCUGCAGUGUGUCUUAAUAGUAUCAAAGAUCCAGAGUCAUCCCAGCACGCCUUCAUUUUUGGUUCGGGUACGAAUAAAUCAGCGGCAGAUAUGGAGGAUGCUUUGAAUCCGAGUCGGAUUGAGAUCCUGAAGGAGGUGAUGAGGAUGGAGAGAGAGCCUCGGUGGUACUAUUUGACGGAGAGAGAGCGUGAUGACCAGCCCUGGAUUCCUGAGGAUGAAGAACAGGAGGCACCUGCGAAAUAGAGACGACAAUAGCCUGCAAUCAUCGCCGCAAUAGUCUACCGGGAUAACAGGAUUUAUGCUGUCUAUGCUACAUACAUUUAUGACACUUACCGUUUUUUUCAAAGCCUUUGCUAUACAUGUAACGCGUGCUCCGAGUCAACCGGGCCCGUACAAACCUAUUGUCACACUGUUUCGCAUUUUUUCUACUAUGUUUUCACGAAUGCCUGAAUAAGGCGGUCUCUGCAGU